ACACCGAAAACACAUGUAAAAAUUUCAAUUACACUUCCAUUUAUUAUAUAUAAAAACACCUACCGCUCUCUUGUCAUUCAACUCUUUCUCUGAUCUCUAUAGUAUUUUCAUAUAAUUUUAACAAAUUUACACUCUGAUCCAUCAAUUCUCAUCAAGCCUCGAACCCUUUUUUCACCAUGGCUGAGGCACCAAACUUGGAAACUAGGCGGAGUAGCUCAAUCUCUCUAAAGAACCCGAAACACCGGCAAAAGCGAAGCAACGACGGUGAGUUGAAUCGGACGAAUGAUGGCAUUAAGAGAAGGAAAAGCAGUGAUAGUAGUAAUGCUAAUAGCAAGCAUCCAGUUUACAGAGGAGUGCGAAUUCGGGCAUGGGGAAAAUGGGUAUCGGAGAUCCGAGAGCCAAAGAAGAAGUCUCGGAUCUGGCUCGGGACUUUCGCUACAGCGGAAAUGGCGGCCAGAGCGCACGAUGUCGCCGCCAUCGCCAUCAAGGGUGGCGCUGCCAUUCUAAAUUUUCCAGAGAUAUCCCACUUGUUGCCUCGCCCCGCCACUUCGUCUCCACGUGAUGUCCAGGCCGCUGCCACCAAGGCUGCCAACAUGGACAAUCUCUGCACAUCGUCUUCGUCCUCAUCCUUGGUAAAUUCAUCGUCAGAAGAUGUGAUGACGUUUAAUGAAGAGGUGCAAAACCAAGAGGAGCUGAGUCAGAUAGUCGAGCUGCCGAGUCUAGGACCGAGUUAUGACGAUGAUUUCGUGCUCGGAGAAUAUUCGGAGUGGGACUAUAAUCAACCAUGGUUGCAUAGUUUACAAGAUUGUGGAUUUUUUGAAGAAAACAUGAUUGAAAAUAUCAUAUCGGACAGUUGUGAAGGCCUUUUAUGGUAGCAUAAUUGAGGAGAAUUUUGACAAGUUGGGUUUGUCUGUAUUUCGUUUUACAUUUUCCUUUUAGCUUUUUAAAUUUUGACAAAUGUUAUCUUUGAAUACAAGUAUCUAUACAUUUUACUUUUGAUUGGUCCAAACUAUGUACUUGCCUUGCAUCCGAAGUUCUCACAGUUUUUCGCCCCAUUUUCCUGUUGAUCGGAUUAAAGAAAAAAUUGUACUCUCUCUCUCUCUCUCUCUCUCUCUCUCUCUCUCUCAAUGAAUUAAUAGAGCACAGGGCAAUAAGAACAUAUUCA